AUUAAUUCCGUCUUUUUAUCACAUAGCCCCAACAAAAGCGCCAUGAAAAUCAAAGCGCUUUCUCGCCCUACCGCCUCGCAGCAGGCCCCCGGGACAGGCGUCGUUCGACAGCCCCGGAAUUUAGACCCGAAUCAGCAUCCAUUCGAACGAGCUCGUGAAUACACCAGAGCGCUCAAUGCUGUCAAACUGGAGCGGUUGUUUGCGGCGCCGUUCCUCGGUCAGAUGGGAGAUGGCCACGUAGAUGGUGUCUAUUCUAUGGCGAAGGAUCCUGGGUCGUUAGAUCGGUUCGCCAGCGGCAGCGGCGACGGCGUCAUCAAGGUGUGGGAUCUGCCGACUCGGGGUGAGGUGUGGAAUACUCAAGCGCAUGAGAACAUCGUGAAAGGAAUGUGCUGGACUCCCGAUCGAAAGCUACUGUCGUGUGCGAGCGAUCGAACGGUGAAACUGUUCGACCCAUACAACUCCACGUCCGAUUCCCCGCCUGUGGCAACCUAUCUGGGCCAAGGCGCAUUUAACAGCAUUUCGCACCACCGGGAUCAGCCUUUCUUUGCGGUGUCAUCGUCCCAGAUUUCCAUCUAUGACCUUUCACGGCCGUCUUCGACGCCUUCGCAGACGCUGCACUGGCCCACCAACGUCGACUCCAUCACCUCGGUCGCUUUCAACCAGACGGAGACAUCGAUUCUCGCUUCGACCGGCAUUGAUCGCUCUGUUAUCAUGUACGACUUGCGAACUUCGUCGCCUCUCAGCAAGAUGACGCUCCGCUUGGCGUCGAACGCUAUUGCGUGGAACCCCAUGGAAGCCUUUAACUUCGCCGUGGCCAACGAAGACCACAACGCGUAUAUCUUCGACAUGCGAAAGAUGGAUCGUGCCCUGAAUGUGCUCAAGGACCACGUUGCUGCUGUCAUGGACGUCGAGUUCAGCCCGACGGGCGAGGAGCUCGUGACGGCAUCUUACGACCGUACGGUUCGACUCUGGAACAGAGCCCAGGGCCAUUCGCGCGAUAUUUACCACACAAAGAGAAUGCAGCGUGUUUUCUCGGCCAGAUUUACCCCCGACAACAACUACAUCCUGUCCGGUUCCGACGACGGCAACGUUCGACUAUGGCGCUCCAAGGCCUCCGACCGCAGCGGCAUCAAGAGCGGCCGCCAGCGCGCAAAGCUCGAGUACGAUCAAGCGUUGGUCAAGCGCUACUCGCACAUGCCCGAGAUUCGCCGAAUCAAGCGCCAGCGCCAUGUGCCCAAGCCAAUCAUGAAGGCUCGGGAGAUCAAGCGGGAGGAGCUCAUGUCUCUCAAGAGGCGCCACGAGAACGUCCGCAAGCACACAAAGCAGGAUGCGCUGCCCAAGCGACGCAGUGAGCGCGAGAAAAUGAUCUUGAGCAAAGAGCAGUAGUCCGCCUGCCCCCUGGGAGCACCUUCUCUGGUGCAGCAUAUCCAUAUCCCUCAUCCCAUCCGAUGGAGCGUUUCGUCGGCCACCUGGUCCGUUUCUGCGGCUUAUACCUCCGCGUGUGUAACCUGUGGCUGCUGCGUUACACGGCGUCUGCUUUAGGGGGUCAUUGAAUGAUCCAAGAGCCCGCUACAACGGGAUUAUGGCAUUCGCAUGCAAGACGCCGGUGCGGGAGUAGCUCUCCACUUCGAGUCUAUACCUAGGUUCGCCUCUGUUGAGAGCUACUCUUGUACCCACCCACAGUCUAACAUCCCGCAACCUGUGCCCAUACUUCACAUCGCACCACUUGUAUCUAGUUAGUGUCAGAAGUUCACGACUCCGUUAUAACGGAGUACCAAAU